AUGGCUUCCAUCUCCUCCAUCAAAACCCUAAAGUCAACCUCUUUCUUUCUCUCUCUCCUACUCCUCCAGCUGUCUCUGAUCAACGGCCAUGGAGGACACGACAGCAGCGAUACAGGCGAUGUAAGUUUGCACUCGAAGCACCUGAUUCUGGUGAAAGUAUGGUGUUUGAUAAUUCUCCUGGUGAGCACUUUUUCAGCCGGAGUCUCCCCUUACUUCUACCGAUGGAACGAGAGCUUUCUGCUUCUGGGCACGCAAUUUGCCGGCGGGGUUUUCUUGGGAACCUCUAUGAUGCAUUUCUUGAGCGAUUCUGCCGAAGGUUUUGGUGACCUGACGACUAAAACAUACCCUUUUGCUUUCAUGCUGGCGUCAUCGGGUUAUCUUCUGACAAUGCUUGGGGAUUGCGUGGUGACUUUUGUUACAAGCCGUGGCGGAAGAUCGGAAGCUAGAGUUCUGGUUGUGGAAGAAGGAAGCACGCCGGAAGAACAACCUAAAGAGGUGCAUGUGGGUCACAACGACACGUCGUUACUGAGGACAACGUCGUUUGGAGACACCUUACUACUCAUCCUCGCCCUUUGUUUUCAUUCCAUUUUCGAGGGUAUUGCCGUGGGAGUUGCAGAUAAUGAAGGUGAUGCAUGGAGGAAUCUGUGGACAAUAUCGUUGCACAAACUCUUCGCAGCCAUUGCAAUGGGAAUAGCACUGCUGAGGAUGCUACCAAAGAGGCCAUUUCUGAUAACUGCAGCUUAUUCUUUUGCCUUCGCUGUAUCCAGCCCCAUUGGAGUAGGAAUAGGCAUAGCUAUUGAUGCCACGACUCAAGGAGCAGCAGCUGAUUGGGUUUAUGCUAUCUCAAUGGGCAUUGCUUGUGGGGUUUUCAUCUAUGUCGCCAUCAACCAUCUUAUAGCCAAGGGCUUCAAACCGCACUCUGAGUGUUAUUUUGACACUCCCUUCUUCAAAUUUCUUGCUGUGCUUCUUGGAGUGGGUGUUAUAGCGGUUGUGAUGAUCUGGGACUAGAUUGGGUUAAUUUUGUUGGUGACGAUGUA